AUGCUCACCGCGCUGUGGCUUCUCAGCCUCACCUCGGGGGCCGUGUGGACCCAGACUCUGAUCACAUGUCCCCGGGACAGGCUGUGCCGGCGGGCGCUGCUGUCGGGCAACGACGUGGUCCUCCAGUGUGACGGCCACGGAGCCCAGUGGUACUUCACGUCCGUGGGGGGGGAGCAGCUGGCCCUGCUGAGCCCCCUGUCCCAUUUCAACCCUCUCCCGGGGGGAAGCCUGCAAUUAAAGAACCCCCAGACGUUCCACUCGGGUCUCUACCAUUGCCAGCGAGGGGAGGGGACCCCGGUGGUGGAAUACGAGAUCGAUUUCCAAGACGCCAGCAGCCUUCACGUCACCCACAAAAACCUGGGGCAGAAACCUCUCUGCAACAAAACCGUGGUGCUGGACGAGCCGGUGGAGAUCUUCACGCAGUGGGGGCCCUGGCAGGACUGCAAUCGGUGCCAGGAGCCCGGCGAGCGCAAGCGCCUGGGGUACUGCUACGUGAAGGGCCCCGCGGAGCCCCCCACGGCCUGCGGGCUGUACCUGGGGAACAGGAAGAUGUCCCCCCGCCGGGCGCAGCCCGAGCUGCAGGUGGAGGCCUGCCACACGCCCUGCUUCUUCCCCAGGGAAACGCACCAGCCGUUCUUCGUUUUCGACAUUUACCCUCUGGGCAGACUGACCUCGAGCCUGUGGCUCAGUUGCCCUCUGGCGUCCAUCUACAGGCCUGUGAGCUGGGAGAUGGACAGCCGCCCCGUGACAUGGCAGAGCCAGCUGUCUGGCCAAAAUAACCACACCUUCCUGUCCCCCGCCACUGGCAGCGAGCAGCUGCAGAUUUUCCACAUGGCCACCUACAAGUGCUUCGUGGAGCAGGAACUCGUGGCCCAGUUCAAUCCAGUCAGUCCAGAGAGGCUGGAGGCCCGGAGGCCGGGGCGGGAGGCCGGGCCGUGGAGGCUGGGCCAGGCGGAGGCCCUGGCCGGGCAGGCCGAUGCUGUCCUCCAGGGGCUGAAGCUGGCCCUGGGCGCGGGCACCAUCCUGGCUUUACUGGCUCUGAUGUUCAAGGUCCUGCGCCCCGCUCAGCGCCGGAGAAGCAAUCCAGCCGUGCUGGUGACAUAA